UAACUGACAUAACAUUGAAAGGUGUGAUGAUAGCUUAGUCGAAAACUCUCACAGCAACGUACGUUUUGUUAUUCAAACAUUUUCAAACAAUCAAUAUUAGAUGUAAGUGCACUUGAAUUUUUCCUUCGUCAUUUCAUUGCUAGCAGUGUCCUAAACCUGACCACCCGUUGUCAAUAUUCGAAGUUAAUCUUAAAACAAUUUGUUUAAUAUCAAACAGAAAUCGUGUUAGUUAGAAGACGCAGUAGGAAUAUCUCGGCGGGAUAACUCCGACUAUCACAACUGUCAUGAUGUAAGCAAGUUGUUAAUUGCUGACAUAAAUCGUGGGUUAACAUUAAACGCAGUUUCAGCGCCGUCUGUGAUUACAAUUCUUGUUAUUACGACGCUUGUUAAAUCAUGACCCUUAAACAAACCGUAAUGUGAUAGUGAAUGAUAAUAAGAUCCAUGGUUUACCUUUCUGCGUCUGUACCACUUGAAAACAUCCUGAGGCAGUGUGUUGUUUUUAAAAAACAACAACGACAUUCGCAUCUUUUACCUGAACGCUUUCAGUGUAUCUUUGUCUCCGGAAAGUGAUGGUUUUGAAGAUUUACUUCUUAUGGAGCGUAUAGUCGCAUUUCUGGUAAUAUUUUCGACAAAUUUUGCCAUUCAAAGUUAUCCUAUAGAGAAUGGAUUUUCGGUGAAGUUUAAUCCCAUUUCUCCGAAAGAGGAGCUCAGACCGAGAAAGUUCGGCGCAUUAUUUGUAAAAAUUCCGCAAGAGUUUAAGCAGCAAGAGGAUGAACGGCGAGAUACGCUCAUCAAGGCUCAUUUCCCCCAGCAGGACACGACUGCUGGAUAUUCGAAUCAAGUGGCAAAAUUAUUGUUUCCUAGAAGAGUAAUUUAUACUACUGAUAACAAUAAUUCUUCAAAACAGUGGGCGAGUGAUGUAAAUUUCUUGAACCUGCCUGUGCUCAGGCAGCCCUACGACAACUACAAGAUUAUAGUGGCUGCCGCGCCGCCGAACAUGCGCCUUACAGGUGACAAGCGGACGAUUAUAUACGUGGUGUUCCCGGACGACGGGUCCUCCGAGUCGGGCGAGUACAGCAUACCCACUGUUUACUUCGUGAACGAACGAAGGGGCAAGAGUCCACGGGAAAAGAAGGAGACCCCGGAGCCGAUAAUUAUAAUAGACAGCAACCGCACAGUCACGGGGAUAAAGAGUAAGGAAAUUUCAAAAUAUGUGAAAUUCAAUAACAAAUGGACGAGCCACAAUAGCUACAAGGUAGUUCGUUAGUUUUUAAACACUUACAGCAUUUAUACAUAAGAUAUGUUUACAAAGGCUUUAUGUACAGUUUUGUAAUUUAUUAU